AAGAUAUUUACAACCUGGGUAAACACUGUCACCUGGUGGUUCACACACGCAUCAAACUGUUACAAACACAACUGUUUAACCUAAAAUGUAAUUUACGUGGGGAUUUUCUCUUUUUCAAGCAUUUGAGGUUUAUAAAUCUGAGAAAUACCUCAGUGAUGACACAUUUCCUGUGGUUGGCAGGAAGCUUUCAUCUUACUUUGUUUCACAAUCCCGAUUUCAUCAUAAGAAAAAUUCUGAUGCUGUGAAACUAGGAUGUGAUGAAGUCAUUGUGUGUCUUAAAAAGUGGUUCUAAGGAUAGUUUGGUUUCAGACACACUAAGAACGGAGAUAAUGAUGAGGAACGGGAAAAGUCUACUUUAUACUGUGCUGAUGGUUCUGAUGGUUUGCUCAGUUUGGGGCGUGAAGGUUCAGAUCUCCUGGUACGGCCGAGUGACAGCAGGUCACCGCACAGAGUUCACCUGCUCUUCCUCUUGUUUCCCAAACUGCGUCUAUUCCUGGACCUUCAAAGGACGGACCGUCAAUGGAAGCACAUUAACCUGGACGCCAGACGGGCAGGAUGACACGGUGGAGCUGCGGUGUGCGGUUCAUGAUCCAGGAACAGGAAUCUCCAGCAGCACGAGCAGCUUUCUGGAAAUCAGCAAUCAAAUGUCUGUUCGAGUCAGUCCUCCUAACACGGUUCCCACUCUAAACCAGUCUCUGAACCUGGUUUGUCUCAGUCCUGGUGACCCCAAAGGUCAAUCGGACCUGAUCUGGUUCAAAGACGGACAGAAAGUGACGCAGAGGGAAAAUCUAAAGUUCCUGCAGAACAACAGGACUCUUCACUUUGACUCAGUGCUGCCCUCUGAUGCCGGAUUCUACCAGUGCCAAACGUUCCUGCCGUCACUACAGACUCGAGUCAUCAGUCUGGGGUUUCUGCUCAGCUUUGAUCUGUGGAACGUCAGCAUCAGAGGGCCUGACUCCGUGUUUCCUGGUCGACUGAGUGAGUUCACCUGCCUAACCAGCUGCACCCAGAACGUUGAGUGUACUGUCCGCUGGCAGUUCGGAGGAAGCUUUCCCAUCGGAACCUUCUUCUCAGUCAAUGGAAACAGGAUCCGGUGGACUCCCUCCAUUCCUGGAGCUUUCCAAAACUUCAACUGUGUAGCAGAAAACAAAGCUGCCGGACGGUCGGCCGAGGCCACGAAGCUGGUGGAAGUUAAAGGUGUUCCAGUUUCUGGAUCAGAGGCAGCAAAACUCCACAGACUUCUGUUAUUGAUCUCCUUUAUGGGAUUUAAAUCUCUUAUUUAAAUGGAUAUAACUUUGAAUUUGCACAAAUCAUGCCUGUUUGUUUAGUUUUUUGUGAUAUUUUUAUAAAAACUUGUAUUGUUUUACUUGUAUUAUAACUUGUUUCAUAAAAACAUAUUUAUGAAUAUUUAUUUAUUAUGUCUGCAUUUGCUUUAGAAUGAUAAAUCUGACAAUAAAGA